UCAGGCUGACCCAGCUGGAGGGAGAGCCUCAUUCUGACUACAUCAAUGCCAACUUCGUCCCAGUAAGGGCCACCAGGCUACACCCGCCCACCCACAGGAAUUCAUGGCCUCUCAGGGGCCUCUCAAGAAAACACUGGAGAACUUCUGGCGGCUGGUGCGGGAGUAGCAGGUCCGCAUCAUCAUCAUGCUGACCAUCAGCAUGGAGAACCGGAGGGUGCUGUGUGAGCAUUACUGGCUGACCUAGUCUACCCCGGACACCCAUGGUCACGUCACCAUCCACCUCCUAGCCGAGGAGCCUGAGGAUGAGUGGACCAAGCGGGAAUUCCAGCUGCAGCACGUUGUCCAGCAACAUCAACGGAGGGUGGAGCAACUGCAAUUCACCACCUGACCUGACCACAGCAUCCUUGAGGCCCCCAGCUCCCUGCUCGCCUUUAUGGAGCUGGGGCUGUCCCUGCGGUGUGGGCAUGGGCCAGACGGGCACCUUCGUGGCCCUGUCGAGGCUGCUGCAGCAGCUGGAGGAGGAGCAGAUGGUAGACGUGUUCCAUGCUGUGUAUGCACUCCGGAUGCACCAGCCCCUCAUGAUCCAGACCCUGAGCCAGUACGUCUUCCUGCACAGCUGCCUACUGAACAAGAUUCUAGAAGGACCCCUCAACAUCUCUGAGUCUUGGCCCAUCUCUGUGACGGACCUCCCGCAGGCGUGUGCCAAGAGGGCAGCCAGUGCCAAUGCUGGCUUCUUGAAGGAGUACGAGCUCUUGCUGCAGGCCAUCAAGGACGAGGCUGGCUCUUCAGCACCCCCGCCUGGCUAUGAGCAGGACAGCCCCGUCUCCUAUGACCGUUCUCAGAGGCAGUUUUCUCCGGUGGAGGAGGCCCCCCCUGACGACAUGACGGAAGCCUGGCUCUUCCCUGGUGGGCCCUCUGGCCGUGAUCAUAUGGUGCUGACUGGCCCCGCAGGGCCAAAGGAGCUCUGGGAGCUGGUGUGGCAGCACAGGGCUCAUGUGCUUGUCUCUCUUUGCCCACCCAGUGUCAUGGAGAAGCCAUAGGAAUUCUGGCCAACGGAGAUGCAGCCCGUAGUCACAGACAUGGUGACGGUGCACAGGGUGGCUGAGAGCAGCACAGCAGGCUGGUUCUGUACCCUCCUCAGGGUCACACAUGGGGAGAGCAGGAAGGAAAGGGAGGUGCAGAGACUGCAAUUUCCAUACCUGGAGCCUGGGCAUGAGCUGCCCGUCACCACCCUGCUGCCCUUCCUGGCUGCUGUGGGCCAGUGCUGCUCUCGGGGCAACAACAAGAAGCCGGGCACACUGCUCAGCCACUCUAAGUGUUGUUGGACAAUGGUCUUGGGGGAGUGGACACUGGAAACCCCUCCCUGCCCCUCUGGCAUAGCCUCAGAUCUCCCUGGGUCCUGCUUGGGUUAUGGGUCAAAAGGACACAGUCUCACAAUGCCCCUGUCUUCUCCACACCCUACCCUGUCCUCAGGAAUAUGGUGGGAAUUUACUGCCUCCCUCCCUAGGUCCAGGCUGGCCGGCUGACCAAGUGUCCGGUGUCCCUUCUCAGUCCCUGCGCCCAGGUUGGGUUUUCCCACAUCCGCGGACACCCCCGCCACACCCCCUUUAGGUACCUCACCCACCUCUAGGUCAGUUGCAGCAAGGGUGCGACCCAGCUGGGCACCUUCCUGGCCAUGGAGCAGCUGCUGCAGCAGGCAGGGUCUGAGUGCACCGUGGAUAUCUUUAACGUGGCCCUGCAGCAGUCUCAGGCCUGUGGCCUUAUGACCCCAACACUGAAGCAGUAUGUCUACCUCUACAACUGUCUGAACAACGCGCUGGCAGACGGGCUGCCCUGAGUCAGCACUGGUCACGGUGCAGGAGAGGUUUCUGCCCUGUGGGAUGGGGACAGCAUUCCUGCCACAUCCACGUGGGCCUGGGCUCCCUGGAAGGGCGGCCUCCACUGGGCCCUGUGCUGCGAAGGUACAGGGUCUUGGAAUAAAGACCUGUGGCCAAG